AUGCUCCACGAAAUUCUGCUCUCCCUCUCUGGACACCCCUCCCCGCUCCUCCGCGCAGCCGCUACCCUUUCCCCAAAUGACCUUUCACCCACCCUCUCCCUCACGCCAAGCGAGGCCGCACUGCUCCAACCCCUAGCCACCUUGUCGACCCUCCACACAACAAUAGCAAGUCACUCAAAUUUGAUAUCAACCAGCCACCCAUCUGUCAUCUGCCGAUCUGUCGCCUCGUCGAUUCUCUCACAGCACCUCCAUUCAUUUCAGCAAUUUCUCCUCCAAAUCGAAAGUGACAUUCUCACUAAAGACAGCAAGAUGGUCGGAGGGUACAACAUUGUCCCGUUGACGCAGAUGGUGGGGUUGAUUGAGGGGACGUGGAGGAGGAGGAUGGAGUUUUUGGGGGAGGUGACGGGGUUUAUGGUCACGGGGAUGGGGAAGCAGCAGCAGCAGCAACAAGGGGAGCGGUGUACUGGACCGAGGUUGAUGGAUGUACUGAGGAAAGAAUUGCAGACUGGUUAUGAGGAUGUGGAAGUGUUGGCGAGGGAGUUGCUCAGCGUGGCGGAGGGGACGUGGUUGAGGGAGGUGGGAGCUUGGGUAGUGUAUGGACAGUUGCCGCAAAAGAGUGAUGGGGACUUCUUUAUCAGGAGGGUGGACAGGCGUGCUGUUGCUGGGGUAGGGACUGGGGAGACGGGAAUGACGGCGCAAGAAGAGGAAGAGAUGAAAUGGGAGGAGGAGUGGGUGGUGGAGGAGUACUUACUGCCAGGAUUUGUCACGCCUGCUGCGGCGGCGAGCAUGCUCUUUAUCGGGAGGAGUUUGAACCAGAUUCGCGCUAAGGCCGUGGGGGAUUAUUCUCUGAGAGGCAAGGGGCAUUUGUCGACGCAGUUGGAGAGGUUGUCCAAGCUGCAGCAUCCGUUGGAUGCGGCGAGUUUCGGGAGGGCGAUCUCGGAUAUCAGGAGAUACCUUUCUAGGACAACUCUGCAGAAGCUGCUGCCGUUGAGUAAAGUUGUCGAGACGCUGGGGUUGUUGAGAGAUUUUUUUCUUUUGAGAAAGGGGGAGUUUGCAAUGGCGUUGACGCAGCAGGCGGAUGAGAAGAUUAGAAGUCGGUGGAAGAGGGCGGAGAAUAUGAGUUGGGAGAAGAGGGAUAAGUUGGGAAAUGUGACCGUCAAAGAAGGGGAAGUUGCUGCUGUGCUGAGCCGGACUUGGGCGGCGAUGGGGAACAUGAGGGGAGAAUAUGAUGAUGCUGGGGAUGAAGAGGAUGAAGGGGUGGAACUGGCGAGGGACUUGUUGCGGCUGACGAUUGCGAAGAGACGGGCGCCGAGCGCUUCAGGGCCGGCAGCGGUGGAGAGCGGGUUGGUGAAUAUUGCUGACACUCCGUUUCGGAACCUGCUAUUCUCGGUGCCAGUAGUGUUGACACUUAAAAUACCAUCGCCAUUGGAUUUGUUUCUGACACAGGCAGAUCUGCAGACAUAUACUGCGAUCAACUCGUACUUGCUGUCACUGAGACGAGCGCACAUACGGUUGACAGAUCUGUGGAAAAUUACCUCGUUGAGAAGGCAUCAUCCUGCACCGCCAGGGCCGCCAAGGGGAAGCGCACGAGGCGGAAGAGAAACGGUAUUGCUUCUAAGACAGCGGCAAACGGCAAGGUCAGAUAUGCUUCGCAGUGCCUGGGCUACUGCUAGCGCCGCUAUCUUCUUCCUUGGGGAAACAGAAGCUUAUCUGCAGACAGAAGUCGUUGCUGGCUUGUCAGAUGGCUUCCACAGGUGGUUGACCACAGGCGAAGACGACUACCAUCCUCAGUCACAAACCGAUCUGAACAAACCUGCCCAGCCACCAGCACCACCUACCGGUAACACCACAACCACCAACAAAAACAACAACAACGAAGAACAAGAAGCCAUCGACGACGACAUCUGGCUUAAUGAGUCAAAUACGUCUUCCCCACCACCGAAUGCUUCUUCCUUUUUGGGUCUUCACGACCCAGAGACACUGUCGCAUGCCCAUAGACUCUACCUCCGCACGCUUGUCUCGCUGCUGUUGCUCUCGCGGCCUACAUUCACUGAUCCCCUUUAUGAAUUGCUUGUCCAGAUCGACCAGCUUGUCGCUUGCGUCAACCGUCUUCAUCAGGUGUGGCAAGCCGCCGAUUUGGAAGCCGAUGUGGGUGUUGUUGAUGCGUUUGUUGAUUUGGCCAAGGAGGAGAGAGAUGUUCAGGAGGUGUUGAGGGAGGUGGAAACGAAGGUCAAAAAGGGAAUCGAGGGGUUGGUUGGGGAGCUGAGGCGGCUCGAGGGGAGGCAUGAUCAUGAGGAUGUGGUUCUCGGGGAGGGAGGGGAGGAGAUGGAGAUGGUUAUGAGGGAGAAGGGGGAAUAUGUACCCCGGAGAGUUGGGGGGUUGGAUAGGUUGUUGAUGAAGUUGGAUUUCGGGAGUUGGUUUGGUGGUGGUAGUGGCACUGGGGAGGAUUAUGGGGUAGAAGGGGAAAUAGGGGUGGAUGUGGUAGGGGGAGAACAUUUUUGGUCGUCAGGGUGGGCUGAAUAA